UUAUUCCCACAUGUAUUUAAUUUUAGAUUUAUUUAUUUAUUGAUUCAUUUAUUUUUACUUUUCCGUGUGUAACAUGGAAAUGAGGAAGGUGGUCCUUGUGUAGCGUCAGUGCAUCAUUGGUUGAGAGCUCUCGCGUAGAAUCUCAGGCCAGCUAAGUGAUAGAGAUGAGAGUUUUCAAAGAAAAUGGCGGCAAGCAGUAAUUCGUUGUCCAGUUUGCUACGGGAUGUGGCAGAUCAGCUGGAGAGUUUACCCAGUCGCUGUGCAAAAGACAUAUUGUUCUCUGCUGGGUUAGGGGAGAAACGUGUCACCUUUCGAUGAUGCCAUGCAGAUCCCCAAAAAUGUAAGGAUGUCAUCGUGGAGGCUUUUCCAAAACUCAGACAAGGUGGUGGGUUUGAGUUGCUGAAAAUAUCUGGAAACACAAGGAGCCAUUAUCUCAGCUUGAUACCCUGUCCAAAUGAAGGGUACCAUGUAAAGUAUUUGAAAGAUCCUCAAAAUCAAAUUGGUCAUGCAACCAUUUUCAUUCGUCCACUUCAACGAAACUUAGAAGUUGAAUCACCAAGUCUUCCUAGCAGAGAUGAGUUGAUUGGACCACCUCAAAAAUGUGUUGUAUGUGGAGAUGAAUUCCCCUUUGCAGCUAUAAAGUCUCACAGUGAUGAGUGCAUGAGGUCAGUGGAGGUCAGUGGUGAGGUAGUGAGUGAGAGGGCUACAGAAAGGGCCACUUCAAGCAGCACUGAAAGUACAGUUGUGAGGCAGGAGAGAAAUGUUGUAAAUCCCAGCAUCAGACACUGCACAAUGCAAGAUCGAGAAAGCAUGACAGUUUCACAGCUCAUCACAAUAGAUCAAGAGAGCACUGAACUUGAUGAUUGGAAAUUUGAGCCAGAUGCAACAGAGGCCUCAAAGAAGUACAGAGAAAACCUAUUGAAUACCCAUGAAAGGGGAAAAGAGCUACUUUUCCAGAUGGACAUGAGAGACCGUCCUGAAGACAGGGAGAGAGCAAUCUUGACUUUCUACAAGAUGGCAAAUGUAGAAUGGGCUUGUCCUUUAAAAUGUACACUACAUGGUGAUCCUGCAAUUGGAGACGGUGUGACUCGUCAUGUUUUUGCAACAAUCAUGUCAAAACUCCAGCAUGGUUUUGAACUACAACUUGUGCCAGGAGGAACUCUUCUUUUUGAGGGUGAAAAGGAUCACUCGAUUCCCUCAACAUCACAGAGUUUUCUGGAUAGUUACUUCUUUGUGGUGGCAGGCCGUAUGAUCGGGCACUCAUUCCUGCAUGGUGGUCCAUGCUUAACUGGUUUAAGCCCAGCAAUAAUCCACAUGCUUUUUGGUGGAUCCCCUGAAACAGCCACCAUAGAUAUACUGGAAUGUGUGGACACUGAUGUCCGUCAAGUAAUAGAGAUGUUGAAAGGCACAGGUGAAUUAUCAGAGGAAGAAAAGAGGGCUAUUUCAGACCUUGCAGUGUCCUGGGAUUUGCCUGGUGUGACAUCAGAGAACAGAAGAUGGCUGCUUGACAAACUGCUCAUUCAUGCAGUCCUUGAAAGAACCUCCAAGCAAGUAAAGCAGCUACGGCGGGGUUUGAAGGAAACAUUGAUCUGGCCUUUGCUUUCUGAGAGGAAAGACACUAUUCCUCUUCUCUUUCCCAGGACUUGUGAUACAGUGUACACCCCACUAAUGAUUUUAGAGAGGAUAAUUUGGCCAACACAUGAUGAAGACAGCGAGGCCUCUCUUGAAGACACAUGUAGGCUCACCGGAUUCCUUCGCACCUUCAUCGGAAAUUCUUCUUAUAAUAUCUUGCGGUUUCUAAUAAAAUUCUGGACUAGAUGGGAUGUACUGCCCAGGAGCCUAGACGUUGAGGUGGUGGAUGGAAACCUACCCAAGUCUUCCACAUGCUAUCAAACUCUCAAGCUUCCUAGUCAUUACAAGGACUAUGCUGCCUUUGAGAGAUAUAUUUUAGCUGCUAUCUGGAGCUUAGAUUAUGGAUUUGGAAUGGUCUAAGUUUGUGUUACAAAUAAUAUCAGAUGCCAUAUUUCUACUGGAGGUAGUGUUUAAUUUUUCUAAAUUUUUCAUGUCUAAAUCGGAUAUUCAGUCAGAAGAUCUCAAACCUGUUUGGUAUGUUGCAGUGUUCAGAGCUUUGUAUUCGAUGCCAAAAUAACAUUUGAUAAGAAAUUUAAGAAUUUAUUUGCUUGGAUGUACUAAAAAGAUACUGUUCUAGACAUUUUAGCUUUAUUAAAUGGUUUGGAAGUAGUUUGAGCAACUAAGAAUAUUCACUGGAUGCAAGAGUUAUUAUUAACUGGCACUAAAUGUCAAAAUGCCCCACUUUUUUCUUCCUGGAAAGCCAGCCUGUGAAUUUUGUAAGCAAUUUUGACAUGUAUUCAGAACCUUGUUGUCAAAGUUACACCAAACUAAGCUUUGGUCAAAAGGUUAUUUGAAACAUUUAUUGACUUUGGUACAAGACUGUUCAAAGCCAUCAUUACACAAAUUCAAUAA